UAAUAAUUUAUAAAAUCUUGUAAAAAGGAACGAAACGUAAUAAAAAGUAAAUAAAUGAAAUGGCUGAAAGUUCUUCUUCAUCAGAAAUUUCUAUUUAUUCACAAAUAGUUUCAGAAUUUAAGCCGACAAUAAUAAAAGAAGUCUUUAAAAUGCAAGCUAAUAAUUCAAAAAUGAAACUAAAUGAUGAAGUAAGCGAUGCUAUUUGUAGAUUAUUGAAAAUAAUGGUGAUUGAAUGUGCUCUUCGAGCUACUAAGCAAGCUAAAAAGCAGAAUAGAACCAAGAUUACAUUAGAUGAUGUGGAAUUUAUUUUAGUGCAGAUGAUGCUUGAUUUUCCUUAAAAUUAGUACUAUACUAAAAUUGAUAGAUGGCAGUGUCAUUAUUUAUUAUGAUCUAAGAUAAACGAGGAUUACAAAAAAUAUUCUUGAAUAAGGUGUUACUUUAACUUAAAAAUACAUAUUUUAAAUUAAUCAAAAAAAGUCCAUGUCAUUGGCACCCCCUAAAUCCAAAAACUCUUCAUCA